AAAGACUGUCAAAAUUGUUCAGAUGGCGCUUUCGGCAACUGUCAAAACGUCAAAAGAUGAAAAUAUUUUUUGGGAAUAUAACCUUAGAAAAUGUUUAAUUUAACGAGGAAUCAACUAUUUAGAACUAAUUUAAAAGUAUUAAGCAAUGCUCUCCAACAGAAUGGCAUGUCCCAAUAUCCUAGUUAUUAUAUUAAACCUGUCUAUAUUAAGGAAUCACAGGAGGAUUUAAUAAAAAGCGGUGAAAUCCAGAAAAUAGCGCAUUUACCAACACGGGCUGCCCUUAAUGACCAAACUUGUUCCCUGUCACACGAUCCACUGGUAAACUUAAUGGUAAACUAUUGUAUGAGACAAGGAAAUAAAGUAUUGGCAAGAAGCUUAAUUCAACAAUGUUUUGAAAAUAUAAAACGACUGCAACUAGAAAAGUACCACAAAUGUCAAUCGGAAGAAGAAAGAAGCCUUAUUAACUUGGAUCCGAAAGAUAUAUUUCACAAAGCUGUAGAAAAUGGUAAACCCUUGCUUCAGCUUAUGGGCAUAAAAAGGGGAGGUGUUAGGUAUCAGGUUCCCGUUCCCAUCACAGACAAAAGGGCGCAGUUCCUAUCGAUGAAUUGGCUGAUAAAUGCAGGAAAGGAAAAAGACAGUGGUGUAAGGUUUCACUUACAGUUAGCAAGAGAAUUAAUAGAUGCUUCGAAUAAUACAGGUAAGGUUAUUAAGAAGAAACAAGAUCUACAUAGACAAUGUGAAGCCAACAAAGCAUAUGCUCAUUAUAGAUGGAGUUAAAUGAUUUUAUAUUUUUGUUGUAAAUAAAAUGACCUUAAAAUACAA